AUGAUCACGGACGUACAGUUAGCUGUAUUCUGCAACAUCCUCGGAGCCACAUUAUUUUGUUUAGUAUUUCUAUUUCAUUAUAUAAAUGCAAAUUAUUCGAAAUAAGAAAAUACAAUGUUACUGUUAAACGUAACCUAAACCUGGCUUCGGAAACAUGUACACAUGGAGUUACGUAUCUAUAUGUUGUAUUUCAUACUGUUGAUUGACAGAUAUCACUGAUAAAUAAAUGGAUUUACAUUCAUAAAUGGAUUCGAUGUUAAA